CUAAGCGAGUGUUUUUUCGUCAUUGUAUCAAAAUCGGACGACACGUAACGAGCGAUUCAUACGUCAAUUUAAAGAAUUCACGACAUUGCUCUUCGUGGAGUGGAGAAAAACCUAAAUAUUACAAUAAUGUUUACCGCGUAGUUCUAUAACAGGAUUGUAAAUCAAAUCUCAUCGAGCUAUUUGGGAGUGUAAUCGGUUGCUUCUCAUUCAGCAUCAAGAUGCCAGUGGACAGAAUGCGAAUGCGCCCCUGGUUGGAGCAGCAGAUCGAAAGUGGACAAAUUAAAGGUCUUCACUGGGUGAAUGAGGAAAAAAAGAUAUUUCAGAUACCAUGGAUGCAUGCAGCCAGGCAUGGAUGGGAUUUGGAAAAGGAUGCACCAUUGUUUAUGAAGUGGGCCAUUCACACAGGAAAGUAUUGCCCAGGUAUCGACAAACCAGAUCCUAAGACAUGGAAGGCCAAUUUUCGUUGUGCUAUGAAUUCUCUACCAGACAUUGAGGAAGUGAAAGAUAAAAGCAUGAAAAAAGGAAGCAAUGCUUUCAGAAUGUAUAGGAUGCUUUCGUCAUCUGAAAAAGCUGUUAGGAAAGGGAGGAAAAAGAUGGACCCGGAGCAAAAAGCAAAAAGGGUUUUUCAGAAACGAAAAGCUGGCACUCCGAGAAAAUAUAAAAUGCUAAAAGAACUGAGUGAAGAGGAGUUAAGGGAGGACAUUACACCAGACAGCACUGUGCUAUUAGCUGAGCAGGAGAGCUGCCCUGAGAGAGAGGCGGCUGUAGGUGAACCGCCUGAUUUUUGUGCUGUUGUUGAAGUGGCAACAGAGACAGAAGAACAGACCACUCGGCCUCUCCAGGAUUCUCAUGUUUCAUCGUACAGUGAGAGUGACACAGAGAGCACAUACAGUGAAGAAGACUUGGUGCAGCUUCCUCAGGACCUGUCUUUAAAAUCUUCACAAAAAUCAUCAUGCGGUUCUGUGUUAAGGAUCCCGCCGUCAGCUCAAUCCUCACCAAACACACUAUUCACAUCAGUAAAAACGAAUUUUAAAAUAACCAGCUCCAGAGAAGACUCGCCCAUAGUUGCUUAUAACACUCCUCCAUGGUUUUCUUGCUUGUUUAAUUUCCGUAAUGUCACAGAUGGAGAACCAUCGAGCCCAGCCCUCACUCCAGAUCUCACCAGCAGCACAACUUCUCAGGCAAGUGCGACAUCUAAAGCUAUGGACCUCUCUGUUGCAAAACAUGACACGACACUACAGUGAAGACAGCUGAAACGUACAACUUGCUGCUGUUCACCUGAUACACUUAUGGCUAAUAAUUCAGCAUUAACCAAGUGCUCCCAGGUGCUAAAACAAUCUUGUUGAUGGUUAGCUUUAAAACCAAACUAGCUACCUAAAUCCGUUAUACUGGGUAAUUCUGUUUUAGAAUUAUAUAGCAACACUCUACCUCAUUUUCAUAAUUGUAUCCAGUCUACCUCACAGAUGUGACAGUUUAUGACAGGGUUGUCAGUGUAAGCUAGGAAUACUGCAGCAUUGGGAGAACACGAGUUUGCAUUAGUAACAUUUACUUGUGGAUAUCUGAUGUAACUAAAUGAUCAAAAAAAUUAAAUAUAAUAGGAGAUUUCUUGGGAUGCUUUUCUAAAGCACAAGGUUGAGAUCAGAGUUUGAAGGAGAUGCUUAAAGGGUUAGUUUAGGGCAGGGGUGCCCAAACCCUCCUGGAGGGCAGAUGUCCUGCAAAGUUUAGUUCCAACCCCAAUCAGAUACACCUGGUCUAGUUAAUCAAGCUCUUACUAGGCUUUCUAGAAACAUCUUUGCAGGUGUGUUGAGGCUAGUUGGAGCUAAAAUCUCCAGGACCAAGUUUGGUAACCCCUGGUUUAGGGUAAUUAUGUUAUGAAUUACUCACUCACAUGUAGUUCCAAUACUCUGAGACCUUCGGAACACAAAUUAAGAUAUUUUAUAUUAUAGGUCUUAAACUCAGUUCCUGGAGGGCCGCAGCUCUGCACAGUUUUGCUCCAACCCUGAUCAAACACAGCUGAUCCAACUAAUGAAGAUGUUAUUGACCACUUCGAUUAUUUGGAUCAGCUGUUUAAUAGGGUUGGAGCAAGACUGUGCAGAGCUGCGGCCCUCCAGGAAUUGAGUUUGAGACCUAUGUUAUAGAUGUAACCUGAGAGCUCUCUGACCCUCCAUGUCCAACAAUGGUCCAGAGAUGUUUAAAGUCUAGAAAAAGAACCAAAACGUUGUCAAAUUUAAUGUGACUUCAGUGGUUCAUCUGUGACCAUAUGAAGCUCCAAGAACACUUUUGUGCACCAAAAACACUGUUAAAAAGACUUUGUUUGCCUGAGUCUUCCUGAGGGUGUGCGUUUACCACAGUCAAUAGGAUGCUUGCGUGAUUCAAUACGUUGUUUUGCCUGUAGUAAACAUGCAACCCUGACAUGUCGUUAGGAGAAGACCAAGGCAAACAAAGUAGUUCCAAAUUGUUUGGCACACAUAGUUUUUUUUGAAGCCUUAUGAUUACAACAUAGGUCUCAAACUCGAUUUCUGGAGGGCCACAGCUCUGCACAGUUUUGCUCCAUCCCUAUCAAACACAGCUGAUUCAAAUAAUCGAGUUGCUCUUAAGAGUUACGAACACCUUCAUUGGUUGGAUCAGCUGUGAUGGUAAGGGUUGGAGCAAAACUGUGCAGAGCUGCGGCCCUCCAUGAAUUGAGUUUGAGACCUAUGUUAUAGAUGAAACCUGAGAGCUCUCUGACCCUCAAUAGACAACAAUGGUCCUGAGACGUUCAAAGUCUAGAAAAGGAACCAAAAACGUUUUCAAAAAUUUGAUGUGGCUUCCGUGGUUCAUUUGUGACCAUAUGAAGCUCCAAGAAACUUUUGUGCACCAAAAACACUGUUAAAAAGACUUUGUUUGCUUGAGUCUUCAGGGUGCAUAUUUACUACAGUACCCUGACAUGUCAUAAGGAGAAGUCAAAGGCAAACAAAUUAGUUUUUACAAAUUGUUUGGCACACAAAAGAGUUUUUGGAGCUUUAUGUGAUUAUGGCGUAGGUCUCAAACUCCGAUUUCGGAAGGGCUGCAGUUCUGCACAGUUUUGCUCCAAACCCUGUCAAACACAUCUGAUCCAAAUAAUCAAGGUGUUCAAAAGAGAUCUGAUUAGUUGAAUCAGCUGUUUUUGGUCAGGGUUGGUGCAAAACUGUGCAGAGCUGCAGCCCUCCAGGAAUUGAGUUUGAGAUCUAUGAAUUACAGUUCAACCACACUGAGGUCACAUGGAAUGUUUUAUGUCCUUGAAUGUCUAUGGUUGAUAAAGGAGCUCUCAUGUUUAAUCUAAAAUAAAACAAUUUGUGUUCUGAAGAUGAACGAAGGUCUUAGGGAAUUGGAACCGCAUGAUGGUGAGUAAUUAAUACGAUUUUUUUUGGGGGGGGAACUAAAUAACUAGGUCCUGGAGGGCCAAUGUCCUGCUGAGUUUAGCUCCGACUUGCAUCAACACCUGCCAGGAAGUUUCUAGUUCAUAGUUCUCAAACUUAAUUCCUCAAGAGCCGCAGCUCUGCACAACUUUACCCCAACCCUUAUCAAGCAGAGCUGAUCCAAUUAAUGAAGGUGUUCAUGACUCUUUUGAGAUCCUCGAUUAUUUGGAUCAGCUGUGUUUGAUAGGAUUGGAGCAAAACUGUGCAGAGCUGUGGCUCUCCAGGAAUUAAGGUUGAGACCCAUGUGCUAGUAUAUCUAGUAAGAGCUUGAUUAGCUGGUUCAGGUGUUUGAUUAGGGUUGGAACUAAACUCUCCAAGACACCGGUCCUCCAGGACCGAGUUCGGACACCUCUGUUUUAUGGGAUUCUGUACAUGUUCAUAUAAAAUUGUCUUUCUUUUUGUUAUUGUAUUACAGAACUGUCUGCUUGGGGAUGGUUUUACAGUUUUACUUGAAGUUGAGCUCUCUCGUGUCAGUGGGGCUAGACAUACUUGAAUAGAGAUGCUUAACAAAUUAGAGUUGUGUAUUAUCAAAGCGGCUUUUUUGUGUUUAAAAUCUUGUUUUGACGCUUUUGAAAUGUAUUUUUACAGUCAUAAUGAAUGAAUACAGCACAGAGAUUUAAAAGCAAAUAUAAAAACAGGUUUAUUGUAGUGUCAAAGAU